CAGGGAGCACCAGAUCCUGGUGCGCGUGCGGCCCUAAUUUGAUUGGGCCCAAUUAGUACAUUGCGACGCCCUGAGCCACAUGAGGAAGAGACUAUAAAGGCAGCUGCCUCGGCCCCAGCCGGGGCACAAAGUGGCCAGCCAAUCCCCCAGCCAUGAGCAGCAUUGCUGCCGUUGGGGAGAGCUACCAGAAGUUCAACCCCCAUGCCUACCUGCAGAACAACUACAUGCCCCCCCGUGCUGACUUCACCUCUGAGGACUGUGUGGUGCCUUGGAAGCUGCGAUGUCUCGCUGAGGCCUUUGCUACAGGUGAAAUCCACGGCCACACCCUGAUAGACAUCGGCUCUGGUCCCACCAUCUACCAGCUCCUGAGUGCCUGUGACCACUUUGAGGAAAUCAUUGCCACUGACUACCUGGAGGUAAAUCGUGAGGUCCUCCGGCAAUGGGUGCAGGACAAGAUGGAUGUCUUUGACUGGAGCCCCUACAUCAAACAUGUCUGCAAGAUUGAGGGCAGAGGGGAACAGUGGAAGGAGAAAGAGCAGAAGCUGAGAGAGAAACUGAGGCAGAUCCUGCCCAUUGAUGUCCACCAGCCCAACCCGGUGGGCUCCCCACUCCACCAACUAGCUGAUGCCAUGGUUUCCACUUUCUGCCUGGAGGCUGUGAGCCCCGACCGGCUGAGCUUUGAGCGAGCCCUGAAGAAUGUCACCUCGUUGCUCAAGCCAGGGGGGCACUUCCUCCUCAUCGGAGCCCUGGAGGAGUCCUUCUACCUGGCUGGGGAGGCCAAGCUCUCAGUGGUACCAGUGAGUGAGGCCGAUGUCAAAGAGGCCUUGACCAAGAGUGGCUACAAGAUCCAUGACUUCCGUUCCUACAUCAUGCCUCCCAGACUGAAGAUUGGGGUGGACGAUGUGAGCGGAGUCUUCUUUGUCCAUGCGCAGAAGCAGCCUGUGGUGUAAGAUGCCGGGCUGGGCAGGGCAAUACUCUUGCUCUUGACUAAGAUAGAUGUGCAGCUUUGGUAGCUAGAUAAAACCCAUGAUAGGCAGAUAAUCCCCCCAGUGCAUGAUCCUCCAUUAACACCCCCCCACACCCCCACCAGCUACAUCACUCAUGUCCUUUAUAUAUUUGGCAGCAAAGGGGUAAGGAGGCAGGUGAAUUAGGGGUCCCUUAGUAAAUUCUAAGCUUCUAUUAACAACAAGGGCUGUGGGCAGAGGCUGCCUGUUCCCAAAUAGGGAGCAUGUAAGGCCUAGCUAGGUUUUGGGAGCUAUGAUAGUACAGAAGAUGGGGGCAGCCUUCCCUAGGUUUAGAUGUUUAAAGUGAGAUCAUCUUCAAUUCAUGCAUUUGCAAAGCAUCUGCUGCUUCAGCAGCUCAGUAUUUAUCAGACGUAGCAAACCAGCCAGGCCUUCUGCGGGCUGCAGCAGCACUUGAUAUUUUCCUGUUUCCCACCCCGGCCCCAAGUUAGCACCCAGGGGAGCUUCCCCAGUCACCCCAACGUAGUUAUUAUACUGGCAUGUACAGAGCACUCUCUUAGGUUCAGUGUGCUUAUAGGACAUCCUAAAAUUAUUCUGCAACCCUCAGAACAUGAGGAGAGCUGCAGGCUUGUUCAUAGAUGGGGAAACCAAGUCACAGAGCUAUUAAAGAGGGGGUGAUUACUUGAAAGAAAGAUUUAGAGCUGCUAUUAGAAGUCCGCUGCUUCCCACUUCUGCUCAUUUAUUCCCCCCCCCCCCCGACUCAGCCUCAUCGUGCAUGAUAUACAGCAACCUUUGGACAGAGCAGACCAGCCACUAAUGUUCAGCAUCAACUCCAGAAUAAUUUCUAAGAUGCAAUGGAAAAGGAGUGUAUUCCCAGUUCCAGGAAGGGAAGUUAGCAGUAACAAGACUAGUAAUGAAAUCACUUUCAUAGUUGCACAGAAUAUAACUGUCUGAGCUAGAAUUUCACUGGGAUUCCUGGGGCAGAAUUAGCAAAGUUCAUGGUCUGAUGCCAGUCUGACUGAUCAGGAAUUGAAAGGAAACUCAGAGAUUGAUAUUUUGAGAGUGAGUUUAAAAAAAAAAAAAAAAAGCCUGGAAGAGUCUUACACGAAGCUAAGUAUUUUUACGACAUUCUAGUGACUGCAUAUGCUGAUUUUGUGGCAAACUGUGUUUUCCAAGCAGAGGUAUGUUCGAGAAACAAACUCUGUGCCACAGCUCUAUUGCAUGAGAAUCUAAUGAAAAUAAAACCUAUGACCUGAACGCAA